AUGCAUCUCCUGAAGACGUUACUUGCCACGGCAGUUGUCCAGCAAACUGUUGCUAUUCCUAUCAAUCCAGAACCCUCUCUCCUACUUCGCUCAUUCUCCCUCAUCGAGCGCGGCGAUCCUCCUCCCCAAUGCGCUGACGACGCUGCCACUGAAGAGCAAGGCUGCUUCACCCUUCAAGACGCCUCGAACAAGGACGUGCGAUUCGCACUCGCCCCCGGGCAAAGCUUCGACCAAGGCAUCGGGCAAGGUCACUUUUCGAAAGUCGCACACUGCGUACUCAAAGACGGACAGGACAUUGCCGUCAAGCGAUUCCUCCGUGCGCCUGAAAAUUACCGUGAGGUGAAUGAAAAAAGUUUCCAAUUCCUCAAAGAGCUGGAAGGAAAUGAGCACAUCGUGAAAGCGUUUGCUCGUGGGAUUGUCCAGGGUAAAGUGGCCCUCGCUAUGGAGCUUGCUCCAGAUGGCGAUGCCGAGUCGCGAAAGAUGCAGGGGGAGUUCAAGGGAAAGGAGAAUGAGAAAAAGAUGAAGGACGUUGGGAAUCAGAUUUUGGAUGCGCUAGCGCACAUGCAUUCGAAGGGUAUCGCACAUCUAGAUAUUCAAGAAGGAAAUGUUGUGUUUAUUAAGGAUACGGCGAAGGUGAUUGAUUUCGACUAUGCAUUAAAAGACACCAAGUAUAGAAACUCGGUCCCGGGAGGUGAUGGAGGAGAUGCUGCACCUGAGGCCUUCCGCGGGGAUGAUUCGUCCGAUUCGGAGGAGCUUGAACUGACUUGGGAGUGGGCUCUGAAUAGACAGAUCGACGUCUACGCGAACGACGUGUGGACAACGGCUAUGAUGUUCAUUCGGAUGACAACGGGACAGGGCUUUCCAGAACCGGGGCACUUUCCGAAUUCCGGUAGCGAAAGAAUGGUCGAAAUAGUUGUGACUGAUGAUGCAAACAAACGAGUGGAAGAAAUCAAAAAGGAAUGGCCCGACUUUUCGCAAGAGUUCGCGGAACUACUAGGGGACAUACUUUGCGAACAAGACAGACGAAUGAGUAUGAGGGAAUUCAAGGAGGGCUUUCAAGACGUUACGAUUUAUAAAUGUUCGGAGGAGUAA